CCGCCAUCGGGGGCGUGUCUACGCAGCCGUGGUGUAAUUGCCGGUGCUCACGUGCUCGAGAUGGCGGCGGACCCCUCUCCUCCGUCCGCAAUGGCUCAGCCGAGACCUCUGAACCUCAAUAACGAGGUUGUAAAGAUGAGAAAAGAAGUGAAGCGAAUCCGAGUUCUGGUCAUCCGAAAACUAGUCCGGAGUGUCAGCAGACUGAAGUCCAAAAAGGGCUCUGAAGAUGCACUGUUGAAAAACCAAAGGCGAGCCCAGAGGUUGCUUCAAGAAAUCCAUGCCAUGAAGGAAUUGAAACCUGAUGUCAUAACUAAAUCUGCUCUUAAUGAUGAUAUCAACUUUGAAAAAACUUGCAAAAAGCCAGAUUCUACUGCAACUGAGAGAGCGAUUGCCAGAUUAGCAGUUCACCCUCUUCUGAAGAGGAAAGUUGAUGCGCUAAAAGCUGCUAUCCAGGCCUUCAAAGACGCAAGGCAGAAUGCUCCGGAGGCUGAGUCAUCUAAGAGUGCUUCAAAAGAAAGCCAGUGUGAGGACAUUCCAAGGUCACAGGCUGAAGCAAGUGAGUCACAGCAUCCUGAGAGAACUGUUGUCGGUGAGCAGAAGGGCAAGGACAAGGACCCCACCACAGCCAAGAAGGCAGGAAGUGGUUCAAAAGAAAAACUGGCCAAGGGGAAGCAGGGACCCAAAGCAGUGGCCACUCCACAUUCUCCAGGGAAGCCUUCAGAAAAGGGUGCUGGGAUUAACUCUGAACGCCAGGGGGCCCCAACCCCCGGGAACCACAGCCAGGGGAAAGCCUCAACCAGAACCACAGAGGACAGCGUGUGUGAACCUGAUGACAACAGCAUCAGUAAGGAAGAGGUGAGCGAGGAGGAAAAGGAGUAUUUUGAUGACAGCACUGAAGAACGGUUCUACAAACAGUCCUCUGCAUCUGAAGACAGUGACAGUGGGGACGACUUCUUCAUUGGAAAAGUCAGGCGGACCCGAAAGAAGGAAUGUGCUGUCCCUUCCUCAGCUAAGGAACAGAAGCCCCUCCCAAAAGUGUCAUCCAAAACAAAUACACUUGAAACCCACUGGGAUAUAAGAAACGAUAAACAUAAGCUGAUUCCAGAAGCCAGGAAGUUAGAAUCCGUGUUUUUCCACUCUUUAUCUGGACCUAAAAGCUCCAGAAGGGAUCCCAGAGAACAGGCCCCAAAGAAUAAAGCCCCAGAUAUUCCAGAAAAUGAACCUCCAAUCCAGAAUAAGUUUACAAAGAGUGCACGCAGAGGAUUCGAGAGUGCGAAGCAGCCGUCGUAUGCACCUCUGCAUCCUUCCUGGGAAGCAAGCAGGAGGCGGAAGGAGCAGCAGUCCAAAAUCGCUGUGUUUCAGGGGAAGAAAAUUACGUUUGAUGAUUGAUUGAUUGCUGCCUCUUUCCGAGCUUUCUGUCAAAAAUUUUGGUUUUGUUUUUAACCAGCUUGUUAUUUAAACUUGUGUUUAAAAAGUCUCUUUGAAAGAGUUAUAAAAUA